CUACCCACCGCACCUUUGCACAGAAACAUGGCGCUUACGUCCAUUAUCAGAAGAUCGUCCUCCUCUCUUCGCCCACUAGCGGCUCGUCUCUUUCCGGUCCAACGAAUUCACCGUCCUUCCAUCUUCAAUGCCCUAAACAAUCACUCCAAUUUCUCUUCCCGUCCGCUUUUGGGUCCUUCAGUCACCUCUUUUCGACAUUUUUCAGCGUCGAAGCGCCCGAGUUCCGACGAGUCUCUUAUUCGGGUGAUUGAAUCUGAGAUCAAAUGCGCCUCGGAAACUGAUGACCAUGAUCGGGUUGAGGAUGUACCUCAAGGGUUCCCUUUUGAGAUCCAAGAUAAUCCUGGUUUGCAAACUAUAACUUUGAAGAGAACAUAUCAAGAUGAAGUCAUUAGUGUUGAAGUUCACAUGCCUGAUCUAGUUACUGGUCAAAAUAUUAACGACGAUGAUGACGAUGACAACGACGACGGUGGUAGCAAAGCGAAUCAGUCUAGCAUCCCGUUGGUUGUUAGUGUCUCUAAGAAGAAUGGACCUUCCCUAGAGUUCAGUUGCAGUGCUUACCCUGAUGAGAUUUCCUUAGAGAGCUUGAUUGUUAAACAUCCCGAGCAUUCUGAGGAUCAAAUUUCAUACGAAGGCCCCGACUUCCAUGAUCUGGAUGAGAACCUUCAGAAGGCCUUCCACAAGUAUUUGGAGAUUAGGGGUAUUAAACCCAGCACAACAAAUUUCUUGCAUGAGUACAUGAUCAACAAAGACAGCAAAGAGUACUUGAUAUGGUUGACCAAACUCAAGAACUUUGUUGAAGCAUAAACUUCGAGCCGAUGGAGCAGUUUUCCCCUCUUGAUUCUAGCGUGUUGCACCUUUCAACUUCAAUUUCCUUUUCUGCAAAAAUGAACAUUUGUGCUGUAUCUUAUCUACGUGUCAUAGGAAAUUAGAUUAUUUAUUCUGUUACAAUAAAACAGUUUUGCUGAAUAGGGAGUAGCAUUUGUCAUUGGCAAGGAAUUUCCUUACCAGAAGAAUUUAUUAAUCUAACUUAAAUAUUUCAUAUUAAAA